AUGGCAGCGGCUUCAAGUUUACAACUUGUUCUUCCAAUUAUAGCCAAACAACAAGAUUCAGGAAUACAUGGACUCAAUUCUGGCAGCCAGGAGAUUCUUGGGUUCAAUGCUUUUUUAAAAAACUCUUCUGCUAGACGUUGUAUUAAAGUUAAGGCUGCACCAAGUAAUCGAAACACGAAACAGAAUAGUGUGAUUUGUGCUGACUGUGAUGGAAAUGGUGCUGUUCUGUGCUCUCAGUGCAAAGGUAGUGGAGUGAACUCUGUUGAUCUUUUCAAUGGCCAAUUUAAAGCCGGUGAUUCGUGUUGGCUUUGCGGAGGCAGAAAGGAAAUACUGUGUGGGAAUUGCAAUGGAGCUGGCUUCGUUGGCGGUUUCCUGAGCACUUUCGAUGAGUAG